UCACCGCGCGUUACAGCAGCACUGACCUACAAGCCAUUUUCUAACUAGCCAGAUAAAUUACUAUGCGCUGAUGACACGGCUGCAACAGCAACGAGGAAGCGAGGACAGAGUCCCGUCUGACCCGACGAUUCUGCUGGGAAAUGUGGGUCAAUGAACCGAUGACCCGACUCUGCGAUCGAUUCACGGCAGCGACCCCGUCACUACGGCCACGUGAGGCGAAUCCCCUUUUGAAAAACAAUCCCCGGGAAGGUGACUUUGAGUUUCAUGGAGUCACUCGAAACUAUCGCCGAGGUGAAACGCUCCACCGAGGACCGGGAAAGGAACGCCGCCGCAGCCCAGAUACAGCGUUCACCGGAGCCCCCGGCGGCGCUGCCCACCGAGGGCGUCCCGCCGCUCGAGGGGGAGGGCGGGGGAGGGCGCGAGGCGGGGAGGCUCCGGCGGACGCAAGAAGGUCAGAGCCGAGGCACGUGCGGAGCGAGAGAAUCGACCGACUCAGGGAAUUCACCGCAACCAGGAGGUCCGUGCUGCGAGGCCGGCCACAAAGACUAUGAUCCGUCCACGUAUCUGUCUCCAGGCGGACAGGAAGCUGCGGGGCACCACAGGAAGUCCCCCGGUCUGGCCACGGACGCCGCUCAGCAGCCCUGCCACCCGGGGACGGACCCGUCGGCGGCGGAGGCGCAGAAAUCCCAAAAGCCCGGGAGGUACGUGUGCGACUACUGCGGCCGGGCGUGUGCCAAGCCCAGCGUGCUGAAGAAGCACAUCCGCUCGCACACGGGCGAGAGGCCCUACCCCUGCCUCCCGUGUGGCUUCUCCUUCAAGACCAAGAGCAACCUGUACAAACACAGGAAGUCCCACGCGCAUCUGGUCAAAGCCGGCAGCGCUUCCUUCUCGGAGCUGGGUCCGUACGGCGGCGGCGGCGACCAGGGAUCCUUCGAGGGCGACGGCGAGCUGUACUCGGACGGCGAGCAGACCACCGACACGGACGACGACGGCGUCGGGGACCCCCUGCUGCUGCUGGACUCCCCCGCCGAGGCCGGCUCGGAGAGCAUGGCCGUGAAGGUCCUGAACCUCAUCGCCCAGAAGAGGGGAGGGGUCGCCGCCUCCGUGGCCGGGACGGCGCCUCAGGACGGGUCGCAGGAAGUCACCGCCGUGUCCCCCGCCGUCUCUCCGUGCGGCCGUGCCGUCCAGUCCAGCGCCGUCAAGCAGCGGCUGGCCCUCCGGCUCUCGGAGAAGCGCAGCGGCGAGUCGGAGCAGAACCUGUCUCUGCCCAGUCAGUCCAGCAAGGGCAGCACCGACUCGGGCUACUUCUCCCGGUCGGAGAGCGCCGAGCACCAGGCCGGGCCGCCCAACGCCAACGCCAAGUCCUACCAGGAGAUCAUGUUCGGCAAGUGCUACCGGCCCAGCCCCAAGCAGAUGACGGCGUUCGCCCUAAGCGGCCGGGACGCCUCCAGCGAGCACCCGGCCCCACGGCCGGAGAGGGGCGUCUCCCGCGUGUUCACCCAGGAGAAGGACGUGGUGGAGCCCAUCAAGAUCACCACCAAGAUGUACGGCCGGGAGGAGAUGCUGGCGGAGGCACCGCCGGACGGGGGGCUGGACGCCGGCCCCCUGCUCCGGAGCAACUCCAUGCCCACGUCGUCGGCCGUCUGCCUGAGCGUGCCGCCCUGCCUCCGGGGCAGCCACUCCUUCGACGAGCGGUCCACCGCCGGGGGGAUGAGGAGGCUCCGGAGACAGGCGGCCUUCGAGCACUCGGUCCACGAGGGGCACCACGAGAGCGACGGCCCCGGGAGGGUUCCUGAGGGCGGCGUGGCGGAGAUGGAGGGCCUGCCGUCCGGCGCCAGCCACAACAAACACGCCAUGGAGCUGGCGACGCGAAAGCGGCGCAAAGAGAAGCGGGAGGAGGAGGAUUCGUCGGGGCUGUACGACGCCCAGGGCGGAGAGUGUGAAGACGUCGCCCGCUACCCCCUGGACUCCGUCAAGGACUACGAUAUGAAAGGAGCCAUGGGGCUCUUGGCUUUGGGGAAAGGCGUCUGUAUUCACUCACAGCCGGACAGGGCUGACAUGGAGCUAUCCGUGGACACCCAGACAUGCAGCAGGAAGAGCGUAGGGAACGUGAUCUCUGUGAUACAACACACAAACUCACUGAAUCGAUCGCACGUCCCCGAACCGUCGGAGUCCUACGUUAAGUAUCAAGGACCGAGGCACGAGCAAUGCUCUUCGUUCCACGGCUCGUUGGAGCACACCGACUCGUGUGAGAUGGAGAGCAGUGUCGGCAGAACGGGCCAGUCCUUUCAGAUGGGCCCCAAACUGGUGCGGCAGUCCAACAUCCAGGUCCCUGAGAUCAGGGUGACGGUGGAGCCCGACAGCCCCGAGAAAGCGCCGGAGGUGAAGGUAAAGGCCAAGGAGCCCGAGAGGCACGUGGAAGUGGAGUUCCAGUGGCCGCAACGGAGCGAAACCUUAGCACAAUUCCCGCCCGAGAAACUGCCCCCGAAGAAGAAGAGGCUCCGCCUGGCCGACAUCGAACACUCCUCGGGCGAGUCCAGCUUCGAGUCGGCCUGCACCAGCCUCUCGCGCAGCCCCAGCCAGGACAGCAACCUGUCCUACUGCUCCGCCUUCUCCUUCGACCGCGAGGAGAGCCUCAAGUCCGUCUCCCCGGGCCGGCAGGACGAGUUCGGACGACCGCUGGAACUGCUGGCCGUGCCGGGCAGCGCCCACGCCCUGUCUCUGCUCCACCAGCGGCAGCAGCACGAGAUGAGGCGGUCCUCCUCGGAGCAGGCGCCCUGCGACAUGCGCAAGGAGUUCCCCGAGACUCGCAGCGUGUCGUUCGACUACGGCAGCCUCACGCCGACGUCCAAGGGACGGCUGGCGGACAUCGGCGAGAGACGGCGGGGCAACCUGGUCAGACAGCCGUCCCUCAACAUGGACACCGAGGUCACGCCGCAAGGCCCGUCCAAAGCGGGGCACCAGUUCCCGGGCGGCGUCCUUCCUUUCACGCCGAUCGCCCCGCCACCUCCACCGACGUUGCCCGUGUUCGCCUCAGGUAUCUACCAAUCGCCGCCCGGCGUCCUGGUGCCUGUCCGGGCGCACACUCACCUGCCGUCCUACGGCAGCAUCACCUACACCACGGUGUCGCAGAUCCUAGACCACCAGUACGACACGGUGUGCUCCCUCAUCGGCGCCGCCGUCACAAGCACCACCGCGUCCCGGACCCAGCUCCGCCUGUUCGGAACCCUCGACCACCCCCCGGCGACCGUCGUCACGGGCGACGCCAGGUCGGCCUCCCUGAACGUGGAGGCGCUGGACCUGUCCUCGGCCAAGCUGAAGACGGGCAUCCCGCUCUCGCUGACCUCCAGGACCAUCUCCACCACCAACGCCUCCAGCGGCGGCGGCGGCGGCGCCAACAAGCGCAUGCUGUCGCCCGCCAGCAGCCUGGACCUCUUCAUGGAGGUCAAGCAGCAGAAGCGCGUGAAAGAGGAGAAGAUGUUCGGGCAGAUCGUGGAGGAGCUGAGCGCCGUGGAGCUGGGGAAGUGCUACCUGGCCGAGGACAGCCGGCCGGGCUCAGAGAUGCAGGCCUUCUCUUCGGCCCGAGCGCCGGACAAAUUCAUCGGCUCCUCGCGGCACAACGUCGGAGAGAGCGUCGACUCGGCCAUGGAGAGCAGCGGCUCCCCGCCGUUCUUCACGGCGCCCGUCGGCGGAGACGCCGAGGACGGCAAGGUGCCGAUGGACACGGCCGUGCAGCCGACCUCCUCGGACGACCACCGACCCCGGCUCCGACCCUCGCAGUUCCCCAGCCUGCGCACCACCACCGGCGUGAGCUGGUGCUACCUGAACUACGCCAAGCCCAGCAGCGUCCUCGGCGACGACGCGGGCCCCGCCCCCUCCGUCUACGCCACCUGGUGCGUGAGCCUGCACAACCCCAACCCCCCCGCCGUCAGCACCAGCACGGCGCUGGCCCUCCUGCGGUCUCGGCAGCGGCAGGACGGGGUGCUGUACACGGUGGCCGCCAUGUGCCAGCCCGGCGCGGGGAAGCUGGUGUCCUCCUUGAUCCUGUGGAGGCAGAAGAUGGAGCAGCUGCAGAGGAAACCAGAGAUCAAGGAGGAGGCGGUGGCGACCACGCCGCCGGCGUUGGGGGCGGGGCCAGGGACAGGGCCGGGGGCGGCGGCCUACGGGAGGAAGGCGAAGGAGCCCGGCUGCAGGCCACGGACGGCCAAGGAGGAGUGGAAGGAGCGCGAGGCCACCCUGGGCCAGGCGCUGCCAACACGCAUCAAGAUCUUCGAGGGCGGGUACAAGUCCAACGAGGACUAUGUGUACGUGCGCGGGCGCGGUCGGGGGAAGUACAUCUGUGAGGAGUGCGGCAUCCGCUGCAAGAAGCCCAGCAUGCUGAAGAAGCACAUCCGCACGCACACCGACGUGCGACCCUACGUCUGCCGGGUCUGCAACUUCGCCUUCAAGACCAAAGGAAACCUGACGAAGCACAUGAAGUCCAAAGCACACAUGAAGAAGUGUCUGGAGAUGGGCGUGUCCGUGUCCGUGGACGACAUCGAGAUCCAAGAAGCGGUUGAGGGAGGAGCCACGCAGGACUCCAAGGCGGGGCUGGGGGGCGUGGCCAAGCACCAGUUCUCGGACGCCGACGACUCGGACGGCGCCGACGAGGACAUGGACGAGAUCGACGAGGAGGACGACGACGACGAAGACUACGAGGGCGACUCCACGCCCAAGAUGCGCUCCCGGAGCGCCAGCCCCCAGCCCGGCGGCGGGGGGGGCGUGGCCUCGCUAUCGGUGACCGCCAGCGCCGCGCUCCACGGCUACUCCCUGGCCUCGCUCCCGGGGGCCACGGGGGGGGGGGGGUCCCGGCGGCGCUCGCCGUCCAAGGACAACCCCGCCCUGGUCGCCAUGGAGCAGCGCGACCGCCACGUGGACGAGGACUCGCUGACCAUGCUGUCCCCGGACCAGAGCUGCUUCCUGUUCGACCCGUCCGCUUCCUGCCUGCUCUCGCCCGGCUGGGAGUCGCCUCUCCGGGAGCCGUCGCCGUCCCGCCUGCGCUACCCCUCCCCCCGCCGGGAGCUGUCCCCCCGGGGCCGCUCCGCCCCCCCCCGCUGGGACGGCUCCCCGCUGAGGCCCGGCUCCCCCGGCUUCUCCUCCCCCCUCUCCCGCCACCUCUCCCCCGUCUCGGCCGAGAGGCCGCUGUCCCCGCUGAGCGAGCUCGCAGGCAGGAGGGAGCCCGCCGCGGUCAGGGGCCGGCAGAGGGUGGUCCUGAGGGCCAUGUCCCCGCGCCGGGGGGCCCACCAGCACCGCGGCCCCCUGGGGGGGGAGAAGGGCCGGCAGGUGAAGGUGGAGUCGCCCCCCCAGCAGCUCCUCACGCAGCAGCCGCGUGGAGCCUUCGAGACGGCGCCGGAUCAGAGGAGCGGCCUGGCUCCCAGCAUGCAGUGCGGUGCCAGCGUUCCACUGCAGAACCUCCUCAGCCACCUCCCCCUGCACUCCCAGCAGCCCGCCGGCAGCCUGCUCCCCCUCUGCCCCGUGGGGGGGGUCCAGAUGCUGCCCGCCCAGCCCUCCUCCUCCUCUUCCUCCUCCUCCUCCUCCUCCUCCGCCCUCAGCCCGCAGGCCAGCGAGAGCAGCAUGGAGUGCGGCUCGCUCCCGGAGCCCCCGGAGUCGGGGGCCGAGGAGGCCGGGCUCCACCACCAGGAGCGCCCGUCCUCCUCCUCCUCCGAGAACGUGCAGACGUGCGUGACGGCCAUCGCCUCGCUGAAGAUCAGCGUGGAGGAGCUGCACUGAAGGCUCCUCAGAACUCCUCCUGGUUCUGGCCCACGGCACGCAGACCUUUACAUCCGCUUCCUGUCAGCUUUUCGCAGGGUCGGUCGCGUCGGUCCAUGUCACGCGUGUAUGUGCACACGUGUGUGUGUGGGUCCCCAGGCCCAUCGGGCGUCCUCCAGGCACCCACCUGGGGCGCUGAGGCUCUAGCUCUGGACGGGACAGUGGAGAGUAGAACUUCAUCCACCACCGACCUGUCGUGUUGAAUGUGGUUCCCCUGAGCUCCUCCUCCAGAGGGGCGGGGAACGGUGUUGUUUGGGGGUCCGGGUCAGGCUCUUGGUCUGGGUCUGGGUCUGGGUCUGGGAGGACCUGGUCUGGGUCUUGUUCUGGGUCUGGGAGGACCUGGUCUGGGUCUUGUUCUGGGUCUGGGAGGACCUGGUCUGGGUCUUGUUCUGGGUCUGGAAGAACCCAGACCGGCGGUACAGAAGUUACGGACACAAAUCAGUGUUGGGUGCAGGUGCAAUAUGGAAAUAUAUUAUGCUAAUAUGCCUUUGUUUGACAUUGUAGUUUGCGUACAAUUGCACAUAAAUAUAUUUAUGAACUCUGUACAGAAUAUACCUGAAGUAUAUACUCCUUCGUAGACCGCAUACAAAAUAUUGUGUAUUCAACGUGUACAUUGAAGAAAAUGAAAAAAAACUAGACUGUUGUAUAACGUACGUAUCAUAUCGAGGUGUGGCACCGUAGCGCAGUAAAGCGACAAACUAAUCGUAAGGGAGAGCGUAUGUAAACUAUAUAUAAAAACACUUUGACCAAAUUUAAGUAGAUGCUUCUUGUGCGGUUUAAAACUCUUUUAACGACGCAGUGGUGGCGUGUGCCUUUUCGUUGCUUCAAUCUUAUCGCCCUUCGAAUGGAGGAGCCUCAUCAUAGCGUACUCUAUCCAACGGUCUGCCCGGGACUUUGAUCUUAAGCGUAUCUUUUCGGUUUUAGUUUGAGUCCGUUUUUCUUUUUUGUUUUCCGCUGAUUAAGACGCAGCUUGAUUUGUUUUUUAAAAAAAAGGAUCGUAAAUGGUUUAUUACGUUGCAUCUUUCUUAAUGUUGUGGUUUUUAAUCUUGAUAAACAUGCAUGGGGUUUGCUAUUGCACAAGAAUAGAGGAAAGUUGUACGAUGUAUUUAUGUAUACUGUAAGAUGUAUUUAUAUAUUAGAAAACGUAAGCACUUAUUGAUAAAUAUUUGACUACUAUUUAUACCGUCUCUCUACUGAUGCAGGUAUGCAUUGAGCCAUCGCUUAUGUUCCUAUGUCGUCGUCGCCCUCAACAAAUCAAAACUACACCUCUAUUUACUCUCCUGACCCCUCAGCUGACUAUACCAGUUUAAUAACCAUAAUUUUACGGUGAAUUUUUUCACCUGAGCACUUUGGGUUUUUUCCAUCUUUGAUAACUAGCGGUGGGUUCGCUGUGGUGGAGUUUGAUGCGUUGAUACAUUUUAUUUGUGACAUUCCUGUUUCUCAGUCCCGAUUUCUUGUCGUUUUUUGCCACAUUUCGAGGGUAGCCAGAUAAAGCAUUUUCACGUACAGUAACAAAAACUUAAGUAUUGAUGUAAACGAGUAUUACUCUGCUUCAGCUCAAACAUGCAUUUGAACAUUUACCAAAUGCAUUAUUUCUCUCUCUGUGUAUAUAAAUAUACACAUACCACACACACACACACACACACAAACAUGUGGAAUUGUAUUAUUUAAAGUAUUUUUGCAGUGCAGUAUAGCUGGAUUGUUUAUAUAUUGUUGAAAGGUCAAAGGUCAGAUUUAAUGCCUUGUGAGGUAGGGGAAAUAGCACAGUGUUCGUGUGUUCAGCUUUAAAACUCUAUCAACAAACAACACAAUACAGUAAAAUCCCCCGUCUGAGAAAUAGAUUUCAAAUUCAACGUUUGCUCUCUCAUGUUUACAAUUAUGAGUAUUAUUAUGAUUAUGUUCUUUCUUUCUUUCUGCAGACGCAGUUCUGCUUUUAUUUUGUGUUAUCGUUCCGAUAUUGUAUACAUCACUAUAAUUCAGUAGUUUAUGUGACUUAUCUGUCGUGACUUUUGCAGCUGAAAACGCUCAUAAAACAGACGGCUUUUAUUUGCUUUGGAACCCUGCAUUCAGAUUGUGUUUGUUGUGUUUAGUUUUUAUCGUGUACUUUCUAUUUACUGAACCUGCAUUGUGCCUCUGGUGUAUCUGAACCCUCCCCCUUCACUCACUGAGGGCGAAUCACGUACCUCCAGGGCGGGGGUGACGGACGGCUUUGGUAGCCAAUCCUGUGUUUAGAAAUCUGCGACCGAACCUGCACAGCAAGGACUGGAGGAGUGGAGUGCCUCUUUUAUGCCAUGAGGGAAUCUAUGAUUUGGUGCUCGACUUUUUAAGAUUAAAUUAAAAAGAAAUAUGUUUCAACAGAAUAUACUUCGAAGCUGAGACUGUGUGUAUGUUUGUCACUUUAUUUGUUUGUCAGCCCUCCACCUCCUACUCCACCCCUCCUAACGUACAUAUUUGAUAACUCUUGGUGUUACUGUACAUAGAGAACACCGUGCCAUGAGGGAUUUCAUCGGAACAACAGAUUCCUGCUAUACACGCAUCGGCACAAUAACAUGAAGAGAAAAUAAAUGAAUGCUUCCAAAAAUAGGCAUCACC